AUGAAAAUUACCCAAACCCAACUCCACCAAACACGCAAGAGUCCCCCGGGGCUUCCUCAGAAACGGGACGUGAAGAAACUGACCGAAACCCCGGGGGAGGGGGUAUGUGACUGGGAACUGGCUGACGAAAGGAACGAGAGAGUCCUAACCAUGACGAAUAGCGAGGCUCAAUAUUGGUAUCAGGACCACGAUCAGAGAAUGAUCGCCGUCUCGACUGCAUUCGACAGAACAGGGAACAGACUGAAAGGAUAA